AUGUGGAGCAGAUUCACAGGCAAAAGUGACAGCAGCUCCUCUGCCUCCGCCAAAGACAGAGACGAGGACGCCCGCCGCCGCCGUCGGCCCAGCGAGUCGACACGAUCGAAGCGCGAGAGGGACUCGGAUGCUCGAUCAGUCGUGUCGUCAACAUCGACGCGCAAGCCAUCUCGUCGCGAUACUGCGCCUUCUUCGAUUGCAUCCUUCGCGACGGCCUUCGACGACGUGCCACGCUCGCAGCCAACCCAUGAAGUUUAUGAUAGCGGAAGGGACGACCGCUAUCCCUCCUCGCCUUCGACAACACGGCGUUCAGACCGUGAUGAGAAGGGUCCAAAGAAGAGCAAAGACAAGGCCAAGAAGAACGAGUGGCGACGGUCGUCGACGCGCUCUGAACGGUCGGGCAGCGCCUCCCAGGCGGGCGGCCACAGAGGCGAUAUUGUAGAGAGCCCAAAGCCCAUUUCCCGGACCUUUAGCGGGCAAAUCGCUAGCGAUGGCUUCUCGCCAUUCCCAGGCCAGUCCGGUGCGCCCAUGAUGUCUGGCGCGUUGCCAAUAGGGAGUCUCGGGAGCCAUGUUGACGAACAGUUCCCUGGCAUGAACCCUACCACUUAUGCCUCUAGCAAGCUACCGGGGCGUAGUUCUUUUGGCGCCGCAGCAGAGUACUAUAACGACAACGGUGCCUCUGUUCAGCAUCAACCAGGCGUCCGACCGCAACCACCCGCUGUCAUCGUCGGCCAGGACACGCCUCAUCUCGUCUCUGCAUCAGCGCAAGCCAACCCAGUGGCAGACACCGGAUCGGGUGCUGCAGCAGACUUUUACGCGAAUAGCAUGAAUAACUCGUCCUUCUCAAAGCCCUCACGGCCCUCACGGCCAUCGAGCUCCAGCAUGCCUGGUGCCUUUAUCGACGACAGCCCAGCACCUCAAAAACCACCUCGGCCCUCAAAGCCUUCAAAGCCUGCCAAGCCUAGCAAAUUCGGUACAGCAUCGACCGUGGCAGGUGGUGCGGCCCUUGGAUACGCCAUGGGCCACAGCUCAUCCAGCUCUACUCAACACUCCAAUGGCUACAGCGCCUCCAAUACCCAAUACUCUCCAUCUUACUCUAAUAUAACACCAAUUACGUCCGCCUCUACGUACUACAACGGAGGCGACCCUAAUGACACGGUGAAUGGCAACGGUAGCUAUCCACCACCUUACUCUGGACCUGAAGACAAUGCUCCUCCUCCCAAACCACCUCGCCCUGGCAAAUCCGAGAAGCAGUCGUCUGGUAGCCACGCUGGACUCUAUGCUGCUGGCGCUGCAGGACUGGCAGCAUAUGGAUUGAACAAACACAACUCACAAUCUAAUACCCAUUCUCAUACUCAUCAACACGCGCAUAAUUACUCUUCGAUGACCACCUCGGGAGCCUUUUCCGGUCAACACUACAAUGGCCUUGGCCCGCCGCCUAGCUCUUUUAUGAAUGGCGGUAUGGCUCAGCGGCACGAGCAUAAAGGCCCCGUGUCAAAAUUCGUCGACUGGUGGAAGGACUACGAAGACGUGCAGAAGAUGGAGGAAUAUACCGAGUAUAUCGGUGUCUGCAAAGGCUGCUUUGAUCCUCGGUCAUCAGUCUUGGAUGCGCCAAGGAAACAUCAUUAUCAUAAGCGACGGUCCAACGAAUACCUGCGCCCCUCUGGCGGUAUCGAGAAGCAGUCUCGUUACUCGUUGAAAGAGAAGAAAUCACACGCCUCCUUCUCUUCGGGAGACGAGAGAAGAAGGAGAAACGGCGGCACAAGCGCUGUGGGAUGGGUGGCCGCUGGGCUUGGAGGUCUUGGCCUAGCAAAGGCAGGCAAAGCAGUCUUCAGCGCUGGGCGGGACGACUUCGAUGAUACUUACAGCAUCAAGUCUGGACGGGAGUCACGGGCGAGUAGCAUUAAGUCUGGACGCGAGUCACGAUCGAGAAUAUCACGCCAACGCAGUCGAUCAUGGGACAGGAAGAGCUAUAGCUACGGCUAUGGCGAUGUUCGUCGCCGAAGUCGCUCGCAGGAUCGCACGUCGCAAAUAUCUGUAGGCGUGACAAAAGACAAGAAAGACUAUAGCGUUGUCAGACGACGCUCCAGAUCACGAUCGCGAUCAAGCUCAGACGCACGGAGUCGCAAAUCAGGGUUGCUUGGAACUACUAUUGGUGUCGGUCUGGCUGGUGCUGCACUUGGAGCCGCAACGAAGAAGCAUCGCAGCCGUUCCAGAUCUCCCAAAAGGGUUCAAUUGCAACACCAUCGCCGUGAUAGCAGCGAGGAUGAGCACCGAAGGAGAAGAUCUCAGCACCUACGACACAAAGUAUCGAAAAGUUCUACAUCUGGAGCGUCUGUCAUUGAGAUUGGACAAGAUACUCAGUCACAAGGCAGCUUCUUUAGUGGAUUCUUCUCUGCCCCGCCGCCAAAGGAGAAGAAAUACAAGUCAACCAUCCAUCAGAAGCAAAGGAAAGGGUUCUUCAACUUUGGCAAUGGUUCUUCUUCAUCUUCAGAUUCUGAGAUGGCGUUUGGGACGGGCUAUGUAAAAAGGCGCCAGCGACCCUUGCCUAAACGCAGAAGCUCGUCGCCGAAAUUGAGGGCACCGUCACUGAAACGCCAAACUUCUGAGGAACGACUGAGGGCUACACUAGCUGGCCUGGGUGCAACUGCUGCGGCAAUUGCAGCAGCUAGGGCCGCGAGAAAUGCAGGCAAGCGCCAUAGCGAUGUUGUUGCAGUCAAGGAGCAUCGUCGCGGACGCAAGAGCAGUAAGCACAGUCGACCUGGUUCCCGCUAUGGUGACGAUGAGUGGGAGGACUUGCCAGAUGAUGAUACCUCUGAAUCUUCAGAUAACGCUGGUCUCGUUUACGGUGAUUAUGACUGGAGGAAGGGCAAGAGUCAGGAAUCUCUUGCGUCAAAUGGCUCUGGUACGAACAAGUGGGGCUGGCGAUGGGGUUUUGGCAAGAAGAAGAGACGAUCUUCUGAGAAUCUCUACGACAACAUCGCCAGCACUUCUCUGAUUGGACCCACUGGGGCCGCAACUGCAGGAACCAUUGCUGGAGGAGCCACUGGAAGUAGUCUUGCCCGUCACGACAGCGAGUCGAGCAGUGUACACACACUGCAGUCGGUAUACCCAGUAGCUCCCCAUCAUCCUGACGCAUUAUUCGAUGCUAGAAGAACCAGCUCGGUUCCGACACCUCAACCACUCGUCACUUCCGGUCCGGGGUCUGUCAGUCUUCAACAACCUCAGCCAAUGCCCCGAGUCCCAGGAGCCAUUUACUCCACCCAGGCUUCCUCUCAGUCAGGCUUCGUAGCUCCAGCUGGGCCCCCGGUUUUCUCUCAAGGUAACUACCAGCAGCCUUAUCCGAGCCAGUCUCAAACCCAAAACAUCACCAUCCAAGCGCCUCCGUACUCUGAGAAGCCCCCUCUUCCUCGUCGUUCAAACUCCUCGCCCAUCCAAACUACUUCCUGGAAACGUGACAUGGCCAUCGCUGGACUUGCUGCUACUGCUGGAGCUGCCGCUAUCGCUGCGGCGAAUAGAGGCAAUGAUCGCGCAGCUAGUGAUGUUAGCAAUGUGAGGUUCAACUUGACCCAGGAACAAGCGGCUAAAGAAGCGCGCGAACGUCGUAGGGAGCAAGAUCGCCGUGACGAAGAAGAAAGCCGUCGUCGUGAACAGCAACGUCGGGAAGACGAGAUCCGACAAGCGGAAGAAGAUCGCCGUCGUGAACAGCAACGUCGGGACGAUGAGGACCGCCUUGCGGAGCAGAAGCGUCGUGACGAAGAGACAAAUCGACAACGGGAAAUGCAACGCCAACAAGAAGAAGCUCGCAAAUACAUGGAGAGUGAACGAUUGGCAAAACUUGAGUUUGAACGACGCAUGAAUGAGCAGCGCCGCCAUCACGAAGAAAUGCAAGCCCGUGAAGCUCGAGAGGCAGAAGAGAGGCAGCGUCAGGACCGUGAGGCACGAGCUGAAGCUCAACGCCAACUCGAUCGCGAUACCGAAGCUGAGCAAUCACGUAAAUCACGUCGCCAAUUCGAGCGGCAAGAGAUGGAACGCAUCGAGUCCGCCAGACGGGAGGCCGAAAUUCAAGAAGACCUGGAGCGCCGAAGAAGAGAGCGUGAAGCACAGGAAUACUCGAGUCGUUACGAGAGUGACCGUGAGCGGCGGAAGAUCGAACCGCAGCCUACAGGAAGCUCAGUCAGCUCGAUUGCGACGGAUGUACGCCGUAAAGAACAAGAGCUCACAAGUCGAGAACGCGAAAUCUUUCAGCCAGACCCCUGGAAGUCUUCCAGCUCCGGAGCUGUGGCAGCUACGGCUGCAGCUGCCAUUGCAAGCGCGGCUAUUUCCUCCUAUGCAAGUAAGGACAAGGACAAGAAGAAGAAGGAACGGCGCGAGGAGCGGAAACGAGACUCUUCUUCGUCUGACAAGAAGAGCGAGUCGAGCAAGGCGAAGAUUGCGGAGCCCAGCAAGACGACGAGUGCUGAACCAAAUAAGGCGAAGACGGCCGAAUCCAGUAAGAGCAAGACGUCUGAGUCUGGCAAGACCAAGGCGGUGGAAUCUAGCAAGACCAAGACUAAGACCACCGAGUCAAGUCGGACAAAGACUAUUGAACCAAGCAAGACGAAGACCGUUGGACCGAGUAAUGUGAAAACCUAUGAACCCAGCCGGAUAGAGCAGGACUACUUCGAUGAAGAGAUUUUCAAUCCGGACAUCUUCAAGAAGAAGGAGACCGUUCGUCAAGUCUACCAGGAUUUGGAGGACAGAUACAACGCUAAGCCAGUAUCCCAAGCUGAGUUCUUUGCACCAAAGGAACUUUUGGAAAACACCAACCUACCCAAGACCCGUCCUGUGGAUCCGAAUGAAGGCAUUACUGAUCUUCACAUUUACCAAGCUCACGAUGACUAUGGACCAACCCCACCCAUGGCACCACCUUACCCACCCUCCUAUGCUUUCACAGCCACUCGGGACGGCCGCCCCUCCUCGCAGCCAACAUGGCCGGUGCCUUCGUUGAAUCUCAUCCAAGCAACACCUCCUGGAAGUCGCGCCCCUUCUGUACGUAGCGUCUCCCUGCCUCCAUCGCCCGCUAUAGAACCGGUCCCUGAGGCGAGAAAUGAGCCAAGACUGGACGAGGCCAACCGCGCAAGAUCAAGAGUUAGUUGGGGCGAGAAUCAAUUCCACCAUUUCGAGGUGCCUACUCCAGAGUCAUUUCGCGAACAGUUCGUCUCGGAAGGCGAGCUCAAGGAUCAAGAUCGGAAAUAUCCGCAGGACAAGGUUGCUGCUCGGCAGGAUGUACCUAAGUCGGAUAAUAACGCUGGAUCUUACGAAGCUUAUCGACCACCACAGUCCGGUGCGUCCACCUCUAGGGAAAGCGCACCGAGUACGCAAUACAUCCGCGACAAAGAUGAUUCGACUUGGGAGAGCGUUGCUGGCGCUGUUUCGAAGAAGAGCAAUAAGAUCGAGCAGAAGAAGGCCAAGGCUGCCGCCACUGUGGCCACUACAGCUGCUGCAGUGACUGCUGCGGCACUGCUUUCUCGAGACGACGAUGAUAAGCGAGACUACAGACGCGAUGUCUACUCCACCAUCAGCAACCCAUUCUCAGAUACCCAUGCUGCAUCUUCGAACACCGAUGCUUCCACAGUAGUGUCUUCCGCCCCUUCAGAAAGCACUGUAGUCUACUCACCGCAAUAUCAGCCUUCCGCCCAGCCGACUUCUUCGACAGGCUCCAAGGAUCACUCAUAUGGCUCGGGAUCGGUUGCAUCCUCUGCUCACUCGGCUAGUACGGCUGUGUACUCGCCACAGUACCAGUCCUCCCUACCUUCAGCUUCCUGGACAGGGUCUACGGAAUACGAGAGUUCGAUUGUAUCCUCUGCUGCUUCAGCAAGUACUGCUGUGUACGCGCCACAAUACCAGCAUACGGCUCAGUCGGAUCCUCGUACGGCGAAACGAGAGCAGCCCCAAAAGUCCAAGUCGGUCGAGCGUCAGACGCCUUCUACGUCAGCCUCUAUGCACGUUCCCGGUAGCUUUGAUGAUAUUGAGGAGUCUUUGGAAGAACAAAGAGAAUCGUCGUCUUCUUCGGCGAAGAAAGAGAAGAGUAAGACGUCUAAAAGUACUAAUGAAAGUGUAGUAUUAAAUGACGCCCCGAAGCGCAGUAAGCCAGAACCCGUCAAACUGUCUCAGCCAAUAAAAGAAGCUUCAUCGGAAACGGACGCGAAAUUGAGCAAGAAGGAAAGGAGGAAGAAGUCCAAGGCUGGGAAGCGCGUGAGCGUUGACAGCUGGGAACUCGAAGACAGCGACGCUAGCCUGGCUGUUAGCCCGACAAUCGAUCGUGAUCCCCGAGAUAUCGAGCCUCGCCAAAUGGCACCACCCACUCGGGACACAGUUCCUACAAAGCCUACAACUCGUCGUGAAGAGGGUGCCAGUGGCAGCAGCAGCAGCAAAUUAACAACUGCAGCAUUAACUGGCGGAUUUGCUGCCCUUGUAGGCACUGCCAUGACACAAGACCAGGAUAGGAUGACUUCGGAUUUCGAACGUGCGAGCAAAAGUCUGGCAGCUGCAGAAAAGGACACAGCUCGUGAAGGCCCCUCGUCUUCAUCUCAUAGUACUCGAAAGUCCGAUGAAGGUGAAAGAAGCAAUACAAUUCCCAGCAUGGUCUUCGAAGAUGGCGAUGAGCUGCCCAACGUCAAAACGCCCAAGCGGAACACGGAGAAGAGACACAGCAGCAGUAAAUGGUCACCAAGCAUAGGAUCCCCGCUUAGAACAGAGACAAAGUAUGAGGACUACAUGGGUUCUCAGAGACGCCCAAGUCUCCCAAACCAGCAGGCCUAUGUCGCAGCUCCAAAGGUACCCACGGCAUCGUCUGACGACAUGCCGCGCAAGGACUCUAACGAACGUGAGUCGGACGAAUUUUUCUCAGCUAGUUCGGAAGAGCGUGGAAAGGCGGCGAAGGCAUCGAGUCAAACGCCUAACAAGUAUGCAGAUCAUACCUCCAACACGCAAAGCAUGCACAAAGACAAUGAACCGGCCCCGCAAAGUCAAUAUGUAGACAAAAGCAAGACUUCGAGCAAAUGGGAUGAUGACAGGACCAACCCGGUGAACCGAUUCAACGAUGACAAUACCAGUCCGCGAAGCAAGAAUGACGAUGAGGAUGAUGAUGACGAUACUGUUGUUCGAAUUCCUUAUGAUGACGACGAUGACAUGAAGUCCAUGAUCUCGCUGAGCAGCAAGUAUGACGAUCCUGAGCCCGCGGAAAGACGACGACUCCGCCGCGAGGCGAAGGCUGCAGCCAAAGCUGAAGCAAGACCUGAGAGCCGGGAACCAAGUCGUGACCGAGGUUAUGGCUUCGAUGUUGAGGGCGAGCGGAAGCGGAGACACCGCCGUCAUGGAACUGAUGACCGCACGGAUGACUGGGAUACCAGAUCCACCAUGUCAGAAGCUCGUUCCGAUGCUAAUGGAGAGCGUCGACGAAAGCACAAAAAUCGAGACGGCGAAAGAGAUGGGUCACCUGAGGCAAAGACUAGGUCGCGUUCAUCAGCCAACUCCGAACCUGGGGACGAAGAGAGAAAAUCUUCAAGAAGGAAGUCGAGACGUGAUGGUGAUGACGAUAACGCAUCUGUGAUAUCUACUACAUCACGAUACGACGAAGACCGAGGUUCGAAGAAAGAACGAAAAGAGGAGAAACGAUCGAGCGGUCUUUUUGGCAUGUUCAGCAGCAAGUCGAAAGAGAAUCUUUUAGAGUCUAGCAAGUCUUCAAAAUCGAAGGAUGACGACGAUGAGGAACACAAGCAUCGUAGAAGGAAACAUCGGUCAGACCGCGGUUCGACAUACGGCUCAGACGAUGACGAUAUGCGCUCGACAAUCUCGAGCAGCAGCCGUCGUGAGAAGAGGAGCAGUCGCUCUGAAAGAGGGGAAGGAGAAAGGAGGGGAUCUUAUGACGACAAGGAUCACUCUUACCCCCGAAAUUCGCCCUCGCAUGCCGAUGAACAAGAAGCUGAAGACCGGCAGUCUUUUUUAGACGAUCGGGCAGUGGCCGAAGUCACUCCAACUCCACUGCCCGCAAGUGAGCCCGUCGACCAAGCCCAGAAAGGCAAUGAGGUCGUGCCUGGGGAUCGGCCCGAAGAUACUCUUUCGACUCACGACGAUGCCCAACAAUAUCUGGGCAUUCCAGGGGCCUACGAACGACCGCGCACUCCGCCACCCGACCUGUCUUUUGAAGAUAGUCGCACACUGCUCACUCGCCUUACAGGCUUGCAGCCAUGGCAAUUAGAAGCUUUUCCCGAUGAGUUACCGCCUCUACCGUUAUCGAGACCAAGUUCACCUUUGAGAUCACCAGAGGUUACACGCCAGACAGCGCAUUUUGCUCAACGCAGAUUGUCAUCCACCGCUGUACCAAUCCGCUUUCGAAAACCUCCAGGCUCAUCAUCAGCCACUCAACGUGAUGAAUUGGAUUCCAGCCCAAACGCACGUACCGCUACUUCACCCGUGCGCUCUCGACAUGGCAGGGCACAUUCCGUUGAGUUCAAGGCAUCUCGGGAGUUUAGACCUCUGUACCUGGUCGAGCGAAACAGGAAAUCGGACGAGAUUGAUGAAGUGCUGCCAGCAUUACCAGCAAGCAGCACUCCUUCGCGAACAUCAUCGGUAGCAACAGAAACUGAGUUUGAGUCUGCUCUGGAAUCGCCUCAGCCAAGUUCUAGUCUAGUCUCAGAGGACUCCUUCUUUGACCCGUUGAGUACCAUUUCUGAUCUGAUCUUGCCACCGUCUGGACCAGAGCUACAGCAUCCUGAGCUUGCAGAUCGGGAGAUUGAGGAAAUUGAUGGAUCUGGUCAAGUCACACCUAAGGCGUCUGAUUUUGUACCGGGAACACCAGACACUAUUCUGGACACUCGGGGUCCGGAUCAGGACGUUCUCUCUGCUGCAAUCGAGGCUGCGAGAACUCAUGAGACUGAAACGUCAGAGGAUGAUGUCUUUGUGUCGACGGAGACCUCUCCUCAAGCUGCAACUCCUCUGGAACCAAGUGCACCGUUGGAUGACUCGAAGAUGCGCGGUUUUACUCCUCAAAUUAGCAGGGAUGCAUCUCCAGCUAAGACCACUUCUUCUCGACUCCAGGACGCUGCCUUUGGUGCGGCCGUGGGAGGUAUCGCUGCUGCCGCGCUUGUGCAUCGAUCUUCAUCUCCAGAACCUGAUGCGCUCGUUGAAGAGCCUAAAACUGUUGUCGAACAGAAGCAGGGAGAGCCACGCACAGAUCAAGCACCUACUGAGUCUGAAGCCGAAACCCCAGCCCGCGAUGUUAAAGGUAAAGGCAAGGGCAAAGCGAAAAAGGCGAAGAAGAACAAGAAGGCUUUGACUGUUGAAGCACCUCUCUCCGCACCAAUAGAGCAACAGCUUACGCCUGAGCCGUAUAGCCCUACCUUUGUCAACGAAGAACUAGAUUGGGCUAAGUACAGGUCUGAGUCUGUUAUCACAGAUGAUGCUACACUUGUUGGUGAGUCGGUUGCUGGACCGUCCAUGUCCAAGGAUUAUAAGAGGGACAAGAUUCUCGAACACACGGUGCCACCGGAAGAGCAGGUCACGCAAAUACAGCGUGCUGUCUUUGGACCGGAAAUCAAGCCCGAGAACUUUGAUGAGAAGCGUGUAGAUGUAGAGUCAAAGGAGAUUCUGCCGGAGCCUGCUCAAGCCCAGUCUCCCACAACACCGAAGAGUGGAGAGCAUGCUCCCGUUACAACGACGGAAGAUGUCACGCCAGACACAACACAGAAAGCUACCUUGGCUGAUGAUUCUGUAGAGACAGAGGUUAUAGUCACUCCAAAAGGUAAGAAAGCGAAGAAGAAUAAGAAGGCGAAGCGUGCUAGUGCUCAGGCCGAGCCUGCACCUGAGCCCACGCCGGUGCCGGAGCAUAUUCAUGAGGACAACAUUCUACCUCAGCCUGACGAUGCGAGAGACGAUUAUAUCUUGCCUCAGCCUCAGCAGGAGGAACAGCGUGAUGCUAUCGAGCGCGAUAUCCUACAACCGGCCUUUGAGGGUACUCUAGAAUUAGACUCAGGCAAACCGCACGUGUCGGAUGAUGCUAUAGUGCAACUACCGCAAACUGCGCCAAAAGAACAAGCUACCACUGAGGUUAAGGUAGAGCAUGAGAUCUCAGAGCCAGUCUUGAAGCAAGAAGAGCCGAAACAAGAGCCCAAUGCUAUGGACUUCCUUGUCGAGGAUGAAGCUUCUGACGACAAAGCGCCUGAGACUGUUAGCGAGCCCAGCGCUCCAAUUACUGAUGGCAAGAGUGCUACCAAGGAGAUACCAGCUGUCGCUAAGCCUGAGCCUGAGCCUGAACGACCAACUAGUUCCAGCUCUCGUUGGGGCUCAAGUCUCUUAGGUGCGUUCGGCUGGGGUAAAAAGAAGCCGGCGACACCUUCAACCUCACCUGAGCCUCGCAAAGCUGUCCCCGCAACAGUACCAGCUACCGAGGAGAAAACCGUCGAGGUAGUGCCAAAGCCGGCUGUGAGCACCAAGGACAAGAUUCUUGAACUCCAGACGGCGUUUGGAGGUGCGAAGAGCAAAACUCCCAAGGCAAAGGUGUCAAAAGAUAGUAAGCCUGUUGCUCAGGAGGCUAAGCCCGCAUUGAAUGUCACGCCUCAGACUGCGAUCUUCACUGAUGAUGGAAAACCUGCAUUUUCGUACUCUGUAGUGGCGGAGACCCAGAAGAAGAUUGCAGCGGACACCGCUGAAGAGAUAUCUAUCCGCGAACCUGUUGUGGAGUUUGUACCUCCUCCAACAUCAUUCUUUACCGACGAUGGAAAGCCGGCUUUCACGUACCCUCAACCCACAGCCACUAAAGACGAGACACCUGUUGAAAGCUCCGGAGAUGUACCCUUAACGCCUAUCAAGGCAAGUCCCCGAGAGAUUACAGUGCCGGGCGACAGGGCUGUCAUUUCUGAACCGAAGUCACCAAUGACUGUUGUGCCACCCAAUACGGCCGUCUUUACGGAUAACGGAAUGCCUUCCUUCUCUUUCCCGCAGUCGACAGAGGCGACACGAACCGAGCCUGCAAUGCCAGCCAAGGAAGUUAGUGCCAACGAGCCUGCCGUGAUAAAUACACCACGUACAUCGUUCUUCACGGACAACGGAAAGCCAGCCUUUUCUUUCCCGGAGGCGUCCUCCGCGAUAGAGGAAAAGCCUGCAGAAGUGAGCAGGGAGAUGUCCAGUUCGACACCGACAGGUAGCGUAGCUCCUGAGACUGCUACCUUUGGAGAUGGUGGAAAACCGGCUUUCUCGUUCCCAGAGACGGCUCUACUGCCCGAGGCUGACAACGACACUGAGUCACCGGAGCCAACGUCUCCGACCAAGAAAAAGAAGAAUAAGAAGGCGAAGAAGGGUAGUAUCUCAACAACUGAGCCUGUUCAGCGCGAAAUUGAACCUGAGAGCGCGGUUGAGACACCGAUGAAUGAUGCCGUGGACGCUUCGGGCGAACGAUUCCUUCCCGAGAUAAUCGAGACUCCUGCCGCGAAAGAGUACAGCGCGCUCGCAAAGGAGCGCCAAGGUACUGCCGAAUCUCAGGUGGAAGUGUUACCUCUACCUGAAUCUGCAAUAUCAGCAGGUGAGCCUGCAGGCAAAACUGCCGCAGCUGAGCAACUGUCUCCCACGCCUGCAGUGACGCUAGAACCAGCGGCCCCGGUUGAAGGGGCGGUUGUUCCCAUCUCGAGCAAGAAGAAGGGUAAAAAGGGGAAGAAGGCAAAGCGGGAGAGUGGGCAACUUGAGGGUUUGAUUGUGGCGGAGCCUAGUAUGCCUACUGUCGAUUCAGAGUCGGCUUUGGCUGUUCCUGAUUCAUCUGUGAGGACGGCUGAGGGUGUUGAUGCUGAUGAGCAGACCAAGCAACCCAUGGCUGAGCCUGCUCCAGAAGUCAUUGGCUCUACACCUAUUCCAACUAAUAGCCCUCGCGACAUCGAUGCGCCGGCAAACCCCGAGUUACCUACGUCGGCAGAUGUCGAUGCUGCAGAUAUCCCUCUUCCUGCAGGCACAUUCGAGGACAAUGACUUGAUGGAGCAUGACGGCCCCAAGCCGGCUGCGGAUCUCCGCCAACCACCACUGUCGAGUCAGGUUGAUCCUGCUAAUGUAGCUCUGCCCCAGGAUGAGCUUGACGACGAGCUUUCGAUGCCGUUGGAGCCUGUGACGUCAUUGCGAGAUGAUGAGACAAAUUCACGCAAAGUUGAGCCUGGUUCGCAGCUUUCUGUAAUCGAAGCGGCAGAUGUCCCGCUGCCGUUGGAGAAACCGGAGGAUGAUGCGGCAGAGGUUCCCUUGCCCCGAGAAGAUGACUUUGAAAGCGAGCUUCUCGACGCAAGUCCCACUUUUCCGGACCCCGCUGUUAACGAUGAACCGGAGGCAGCGACGCCAACGAAGGAAAAGAAAAAGAAGGGCAAGAAGUCCAGGGGUGCUGAAAUGCCGGUCGAAAACACGCUUCAGGAUGAGAAGAGAAUUAGAACCCCGGAUGCCUCGCUGGUGGAUUCCAUUGCGCAGUCUGAGCGCUCUGCUGUUGAUGCUGUAGCGCGGGAUGUGAAUGAAGUCGAGGACGUUGACACUAUUAAUGCGGAUGAACGGAGGAAAUCACUUGUAGGAAGUCAAGCUCAGCCGGUGCUCAAGACUACGCCUGACGGUAUCCUUGUCAUGCCCAUUACCUCUACGGAACCUCAGCGAUCAAUCGAACCAGCUGCGGAUAAUGAAUCUAUGGUCCCUGCUUCUUCAGAAAAAGACAAGAAAAAGAAGAAGAAAAAGGAUAAGAAUCUUGUGGGAGAGCCGAGUACGCCAGUUGGGGAAGUCCGCAUUGAGCUCGAGAAUCCUGUCGGAUUGGUCGAGAGGGAGCGUGUAGUCGCUCCUGUAGAGACAGGUGAAGAGAAUCAGCAGCAGGAUGUCAAGCCAAUCGUCGAUUCGACUUUGCCAGAGCCAGUCACUGAUGUCGUUGCUCCUAUACAGCAGCAGGAAACUCCGAAAUCAGCCCUACCUGAGCCUGCCGUAGAAAGCAUUUUGCCUGUACAAGACGCAUUACCCUCGGAAAAAACACAGCCUUCUACACCCAUCACAGAAGAGCCCAGCACGCCAACUAAAAAGUCCAAGAAAAAGAAGGGAAAGAAGGGUAAGACUGUGGAUACAGAGUCAAGUACAGCGGACCAGCCUCAUGAGAACGUAGAGUCUCAGCCUGUUCUAGAGGAUGUUAAAGCGAAGCCUGGUGUUGCGAUUGAGAAAGAGGAGGCAACCGAAAAGAUAGCGGAGCCAGCUCCUCCAGGCGCUGAUGUCAAAGGCGACCGCGCUAUCGAGACACCGGCCGAACCUACCCUAGAAGUUACUCAGCCAGACACUGGCCUUGACGCUGAGCUCGAACGUCCGAAUGAAGCAGUACUUGAACGUCCUCUAGAGUCAACCGGGAGCAAGAUUGAAGAAGCUGUCGGCGCUGCACCUACAGUGGCUGAAGAGGUAAAGCGAGAAGUUCCACAACCUCCAGUAUCGAACACGGAGGCUACAUCUGCGCCAGUAGAGCGCACUGGUGACGUUGAUACUACUCGUGAGCCUGAACAAGACACUUCAAGUCACGAAGUUCCAGCGGCAGUUGUUGAAUCGCAGCCUGAAGUAGUUGGCAAGAAAGGUAGGAAGAAGAAGAGUAAAAAGGGUACUACUGAGACGAGCGCGCCGGAUAUGGCCGAGGUCGCGCCGGAGACCGAAGGUACUCCUGCACCUGAGGUGGCAAUCGCCCCUGUACAAGAAGCUGAAGUUAUGACUGAGCCUUCUACCACCGAACCAUCUUCUGCUAACUCUGCUCCCAUCAUACAUGAUAAGCCAAAGCAAGAUGCAGUGCCCGUCACCGUAGAGUUGCCGGACAAAGAUCUCAACGCCAAGGAUGGUGCAUUGUUACCUCAACAACAAGACCUUGACCAAGAUAUCGCACGUACAACUGAGCCUCGGGACGCAAUCGCAGAGGAUGUUGAAGCCGAACCUACUUCGAAGAAAGCCAAGAAGAAAAAGGCGAAGAAGGGCCAAUCAGUCGACAUCACCCCGGCCGAGCUAAUUGGUGAAGAGCCCGCAUCUUCCCAGAAUGCGAAAGAAGCUGGGGAGAUUAUUCAACCUGUGGAGGCAGAGUCGACAACAGCGCCUGAAACGCAGCCUCCAGUUGUCCCAGUUCCCCAGGAGGAGGAAUCUCGACAAGAAUUCGUAGCUGCACCCGAAACCAUCACUCAACCCGUCGAACAGCCUGUGGAAGUUGCACCAACUGACAUCAUCUACACUCAGCCGACUUCAGCGCAAGAUGGGACGAGCCGAGACACAGCAGUCCUUCCUGAGCCGCCUAGUCAAGCGCAGCCAGACGAGCAGACAGAGUCUGUCUCGAAGAAGGGCAAGAAGGGCAAAUCUAGCCAGGAGAAUGAAGCCGGAGAUGCUGUCUCGGUUGUAGUUCAAGAUGAGCCUGUUGCUCAAGGUGAUUCUGCGGAGAAAGCUUUUGAGCAUGUUGCACCACCGGCGGAGAUCCCUUUGCCUGAGACGCGGCUUGGUGAUGCUGAGAUGGACGUUGAUCCCUUGGAGGAGAAUGUCGAUGCGUCUGCUGAGAAGGAGGUGGCGAAGGAGGAGGAGGUGAGGUCGGCUGAGCCAGUGGGGCCUGAGGUGACGAUGGAGGAGACUUCGUCUGGUAGUGUCAAGGCGGAAGAGCCCGUUACAGUGGCCGAGCCUGCAGCGGUUGAAGAGCCUAUCAUUGUGGAAGAAGCAGCCAACUCGAAAAAGGGAAAGAAAAAGAAGGGCAAGAAGAAUAAGUCAAUUUCUGAGCCUCAGACGCCGGCUACUGAGACGGCGCCGGUUGUUCCCGAAACAACGACCCAGGAUGAUGUUUUGCCUGCUGCCGAUGCCAAGGAAGAAUCAGUCCGCGAAAUUGUUCCUGAUAGGGCUCUUGAGCCAGUUGUUGAGCCGGUCGUCGAGCCUGCUAAGCAGCCCGUGGUGCCAAUAAUCGAUACGGGAGCUUCUACAACAGAUCCACUUCCUGAGGGAACCGAAGCAACACCUGAAAGUCUCACAUCGCCGCAGCCAAAGGAGGAUGCUCUCUCUGCACCGUUGUCCAAGAAAGAAAAGAAGAAGGCCAAGAAGUCUGCAAAGCAAAGUCUCGUUGAGAGUGAGGCGUCAAACAUACCUUCUGCACCGGUUGAGGAGAUCGCAGAGCAAGUCAGUGAACCAGUUGUCGAGGAACAAAUAGCAUCUGAGAGUCGCGAUUCGGAGGUCCCAACCGUCGUUGAAGCUUCACCUGAAGAACCUAGUGUUGUUGCGGUUGAGGAAACAGUCUCCGAGCUACCUAUCGCCCCGGCAGAGACCAAGACCCCUGUUUCUAGCUCUGUCGAUACCGCAACGAUCUUCGAACCGAUCACUCAGGAGACUCCUUUGGAUAGCCCGGAUGUCCCAGUACAGCCAGAGAUUGAAGAGCAGAGUACGCCGUCCAAGAAGGCCAAGAAAAAGGCCAAGAAAGACAAGCGCAUCUCUGCAGAUGCGAGUGAAGCCUCUGUCCCCUUGGAAACGCCAGCUGUCGACUUACCAGAGGCGUCUAUAGAGAAUGCUCCAAGCAUGGUUUCUGAUGUACGUGAAGAGGUCAAGGAACAUUCACCCCUUGUGCCAACAGACGUAUCCACUCCCGACGAAGCAAUUGGCACCAAGGAGCCCGCCACGAACUCAGAAAUCCUACCAGCCAAUGAGCCAGCACCUACAGACGCCUCGGUGAAGGACUCAACGUCUGCCACCGAGACACCGGCAGUUGAGACAGCGCCGGCAGGAGAUGCUCCAACGAUGUCAAAGAAGGAGAAAAAGAAGUCCAAGAAGAGCAAGCAUGCGUCCAUGGUCGAAGAGGCAAGCUCAGUCCCUAUUCCAGAUACGCCGGUGGAGGAGAGAGAACCCGUACUAGAGGUGUCAACUCCUACGACUACGGCCACAGAGAAGUCUAGCGAGAAUCUAGCAUCUUCUAAAGAAACUCCGGCUAUUCCUAUCGCCACUAAGCCAAUUGUGGAAGAGCGAGUAUCUUCAGCUGAGCCUGUGACGGUCGCUGAGCAGCUACCCAUUACGUCAAUUGAGGAAAUACGAGCGCCAGCAACCGAGCCUGUGACAGUGGAGCUUGAGGAUAUUCAGGAUGCAUCAGCCAUUCCAAUCCCCACCACGCCAGCUGAGGAACGGGAGCAACUUUCCCUUCCGGUAUCGACAAUCUCCGAGACUACUAGAAGCGAAGAUCCACUUUCCGAGACAACCGCCACCGAGGCAGGCACAUUGAGCUCUGCCCCAAACCCCGAAACUUCCACACAGCCUGAUGUGCUAGAAGACACGGCUAAGUUGUCAAAGAAGGACAGGAAGAAGGCAAAGAAGAACAAGCGCUUGUCUAUUGCAGAGGAUACAACUUCCGUUCCGCCAACACCUACCGAAGAGAAGAGUGAGCCUGUACUCGAUGAACAGACUGUACCGGUACCCAUCGAAGAGGGCGCGCGCGAGCUACCAGUUGUGGAGGAUGCACCAAUUGUUGCCCCAGGGACCGCAGAGGAGCCAACAUCGGAGAACGUACCUGCUAAAGAACGCGCCCCUGUCAUUGUUCCUGCCAUUGAGGAAUCAGUUCAUGUAGGCGGUCCCAUUGUCGAAGAGGUCGCACAAGAUACCGUUAUUCCAGAAGAGGCAGCGCCUCUUUUCAAGAAAGAGAAGAAGAAGGAAAAAAAGGCAAAACGGACAUCCAUUGCGGAAAGCGGGACGGCAACACCUCUCGAGACACCGACGGAGGAAAGAUUGGAGAAUCCGCUCGAGCGAACUGAGAGUACCAAGGUUCCACCUGUCGAUGAGCAACAGCCUGCUCUUGCUACAAUUGAAGAGCAACAAUCGAAGGAUGCGGUCGUCCUGGAGCAACCUCCUACGGUCGAGGCAACUGACGAGCCACCUCCAGUGCCUGUCGCGCAGCAUGAACAGCAGCCACCAACGAGUGAAGUGACGGUCGACCAACCCGCCAAGGCUAUUCCGAAUGAGCCCACUACUCUCACGAGCGUCCCAGAGGAAAGCCAGUCACAACAAGACACCCAAGAAGAGCCGUCGACAGCAAAAUCAAAGAAAGACAAGAAAAAGGCCAAGAAAUCGAAGCAUGGUUCAGGAGCUGAGGUUGUUCUGUCGGUGCCAUUGACUCCAGUCGACGAGGCGGAUAGACAGCUUGUGGAUGACGUGAAGGAGGUUGAAAAUGUUGCACAGUCAGCUCCAGAGUCUGGGGUUGUUGCUGGACCGUCUACGGCGGAUCUUGUUACUGAGGAAUCGAGGGUUGAGGAGGCUCCUUAUACUGUUGAUGAGGGGGCCAAGGUCGACGAAGCGCGCGAAACCGUUUCUCAGAAGCUCAAGGUUGAUGAGCCUACUGCAGCCGUUGUUGAAACGUCCACGGUAGAGCAUGCUCCUACUGUCAUUCCUGAAGACCCUACUUCUUCUGUCUCAACACCGAUUGAGGCCACCAUUCCAAGCGGCGAUCAGCAAAGUUCUGCGCCUUUGUCGAAGAAAGACAAAAAGAAGGCGAAAAAGGCCAGCAAGCUCGACUCGUCUACUGAGGCGGGGCUGUUGGCUCCUUCAACUCCGGUCGAUGAGCCUAUGACAGCCCCCGACACAGACGUCAAGACGGAUGUUACUCUGGAGAAGAAAACGGAGUUCCCAGCUUCGAUUGAAGUUCCUGGAAAGACAGCCCUCGAAGCACCUACUGAGCCGACAGUGCCGGUGAUUGAACAGCUGAUUAAAACGCCAAUAUCCCCCAAAACGGUUAGCGAACAGACUCCUACGGUCGGGGAUGCUGAGCGACUGCCUGCUCCAGUCUCUGCAGCUCCACAGUCUGUACAAGAUGCCGAAGAACAAGAUAGCUCUGAGCCGAAGUCCAAGAAGAGCAAGAAAAAGGCGAAGAAAGCGUCCAAGCGGAAAUCUCUGGCCGAGGCCGAGCUUGCGGAGCCCACAUCUCCCGCGGAACCGUUCAUCAAAGAAGCUAGAGAGAUGCCAAUUGAUGACGCACGGCUUGCUACACCGCUUGAUCGUGACGAGCAGGUGGUCGUAGCUCCUUCGGGCAAACAGCCCACUUUUGAUGUUCCAGCUAUCACGGACCGCGUGAAGGACCCUGCGACUGUGAAGGAUGGACAGGUUGCUACGCCUGCUACGGCUGUAGAGGAUGUGCCAUCUUCAUCUAUUGAUGAGACUUUACAACCUGUCGUCGACGAAAGGAGAUCUUCUCAAGCUGUCAACGAUUUCACGGAUGAGAAUACUCGGAAUGAGGAACAUACUGUCACUCGUGCCGAGAAUGCAAAGACUACCAGUACAUCGGAUGAUCAAGCGUUGAGCUCGCCUGUUGCUCCAGAUUUAUCUCAGCCUCGAGACACUGUCGCCUCUACAACGGAUGACUCAGUCAGUGCUCCGGCUCCAAAGACUGAGAACAAGGAAGAGCCCGAGGCUGAACCUGCGGAGUGGGCUUCUAUGUCGAAGUCUCAAAGGAAGAAAGCAAAGAAGGCUAAACGUGCCUCAGUAGUUGAAGAUACUCCUUCAGCGCCAGCAACUCCGAUCGUAGAAGAUCCCAAGGAGCCUGUAUUUGAAGAUCAGCCAACAAUUCCUCGUGAGGAUGUAUCGCCCGUCCCAGACAAGCCCACUGAGGAUCUGUCCUCUAUCAUUCGGACCGAGGAAGACAUUGGCAAUGUGAAGCCCACCGAGAAUGUAGACGAGUCAACGCCAACAACGUCGACGGGCAAAGACAAGAAGAAAACUAAGAAGCAAUCCGAGAAGGCCGCGACUGAGCCUUUUUUAGCCGUUGAGACGCCUGAGGAGGCCAAGGUUCCUGAUGCUCAGCCGCCUCUGUCACCUUCUCCACUUUCGGAAACGCCCAUAUCUUUCUCGGGGGUACCGACCUCAUAUUCCCAUCCUGUUACUGAGAGCGAGUUUGUUGAUUCAACGAAUGCGAAUGCGAGUGCGGAUGUGCAGCCUGAGAGCAAAGGUGAGGAGCUCGCAGUUGCCACUGAUGAGAAGGGUGACGUGCAGUUGGUGGAGAGCCAAUUGGAUAGAGUUGAUGUAGAAGAUCAGAAGGUUUCUGUGGAUGAGGGGAAAACCACUGAGAAAGAGACGAAGGAGUGCUUGGUUAUCGAGGAGCCUUCAGCCAAUGUUCAGCCAACAACUGAGUCCCUUGGUGCAGUUACUGAGGUUCCUGGCGUACCUACCAUGAUCUCACCCGCCGAGGAACCGGAAACAUCUCGUACAGAGGAGUCGACACAUGUGGAGCAUCUGCCCCAACCUAAGCCGAUCAGCCCUGAAGAGUCUGCGCUACCGGAGCCAGCAGCUGGCUCAGAGGAAUCGAAUGUGAUUGCAAUUGAGCCUACUGUCGACAUCGUUGAGCCUGAAGCAGCCCUAUCUGGCCCUCCUGCGACCAGCAUUGAGCAGCCCAAGGCCCCUGCGGAAGACGAGAACGACACCAGGGCAAUUCCUUCUAAGAAGAAGAAAGGAAAGAAAGGCAAGCGUGAAUCUGCCAUUUUGGACGUGACGCUAGAAGAUACUACUUUGCAACCAUCCAGCGAUGUGGUCGAGCAGCCUGGUAAAGUUACUGGAGAACCAGAAAGAUCCACGCAAGCUCCAAGUCCCAGUCAUGAGCCCAGCGAGGGAAUCAAGGAAGCACUUGAAGUCGUAAUGCCAGAGGUUCUUACUGGAUCUUCUGCCGCUGGCGCAUCUAAAGAUGGUAUCCUUCCAGAGCCAAAUACAUCGACAACUAUCCUCGAGGAGCCAGCCACUGGUGUUAGCGAGCCCGAACAGCCGACGGAAAUACCCACUGAAGGAAGUUUGACUCUGAUAUCGAAGGCGGACAAAAAAGAGAAGGAACAAGCGUCAAUCCCCAUUGUCGAACCUGAAGCGGUAUCGAAAGUCCAAGAGCCUCCAUCUGAAAAAUUUGAAGUUCCACUUGAACAGCGCAGCAAUGAAUUGCCCGAGAACCCUAAAGAAACCCAGGGGAUUGUCGCUGAGCAGCCUCAGACGGUUAGGAUGGUUCCAGAGACCUCCAGCGAGCUUCCGCGGCCAGAGUCUACCGAGGAAGCCAUGGAGCCCACGGUUUCGAAGAAGGAGAAGAAGAAAAAGGGAAAGAAGGCGAAAGGCCAGUCUGGUAUCGCUACCCCAGUCGAGCAGAAUGUGCCUGAAGACGUGGUAGAAAAGGCCAAAGACGUGUCUGCGCCAGUCGAGACAUCGCCGCCUGAGGUCGAUCAACCAGUUGCCGUACCUAUCAAUGAUGCCUCCCUCGAUACAUCAACCAGGGACGAAAAGGAGGACGAGAAAGCCAUGAGAUUGGUGCCAGCUAUGCCAGCGAUCGAACUACCUUCGGAGCCAGCGGUUUCAGAUGAGACCGCCCCAAGCAUUGCUGAUGGGCCGCCUCAUGCUGACGUUGUAGAUACACCCGCAGUACCUGCUUCUGCUGUUCAAGCAGAGAGUGUUCCAUUAUCCAAGAAAGACAGGAAGAAGGCUAAGAAGUCAAAGGCCAAAUCAUCCGAUGCUGCCGCUUCAAUUGUCGAAGAUGCACCCACGCGACUUGCAACUGACAUUCCGGAGGUUGACAUAGCCGAUCAAGGCAAUGAAUUGACUGUUGAAGACAAUAUAGCAGCUCCUGCAAGUCAAGAUGAAGUUCCUUCUCCUGCCUUUCAAGAAGAGAUACUCGCUCCUGUCGUUGAAGAGAAGGUUCCCAUAUCUACGACUCAAGAAGACAUGCCAAAAGAACUUGUAGAAAACCGGAAGAUGAUCGCAGAUGAGGCAACUCCCGUUAUAUCUAAUGAGGAUCCCGUUCACAAUCAAGAGCCAAUUGUCGAGCCUUCUGACACGACUGUCACGCCAGUACAAGAAUCCGAGCAAGUACCAGAAGAAUCAGGCACCGCGAUGAGCUCAAAGAAGAAAAAGGGAAAGAAUGGCAAGAAAUCUGGAAUCUCGACACCUGCUCUAGAAGAACAGGGCCCAGUCGAGGCCGUUUCUGAUACACCAUCUUUGGCAGAGGUCGCACCAGUUGCAACUUCUGAGCCAACCUUAGCUGAGGCCAUUGAGAAUCAAACACCGCCGACAGAAGUAACAUCGAUAACGCAAGAGCCUCAAAUGGAUAUGAAACCUCGUAUCGAAGAGUCAACGCCGGAAUCACAACCUACAAAGGCAGUUGAAGACAAGGUUAAACCCGCUGAACCUAGAGGUCUCAAGGACGCUCUUUCGAUACCCACGAGUGAAACUGUGACUACGCCUAUUGCGAAGCCUGUGGAGCACGCGCCCAUCACAGAACCAGUUCUUGACGUCACCACAGGAGCUGUCGACACGGAAGACACUGUACCAGGUCGCAAAUUGAGCAAGAAGGAGAGGAAGGCCCUAGCAAAAGCGGACUUGUCCGCACCAAUUGAUGAAUCUAUCAUCGAGGAUACUGCACAGGUAGAAGCAGAAGUGAAAGAUUCUGCGCCAAUUUCACCUGUGGCCGAUCUCAUCAAAACGGACACUACUCGAGAUGCUUCACAAGGCGCAGAAAUGUCCACCGAGGUCCCUUCAGCAUCGGUUGAGACAGUACCGGUCUUACCAGAAGCGAGCGUGGCUGCUCCAGAAGUCGUCGAAGCUGAUAUGGCCAACAAACAGGACACUGUCGUCGAUGACGAAUCUCCGUUGAAGAAAGGGAAGAAAAACAAGAAAGAUAAAAAGAGCAAGAAAGCGUCCUUCUCUCUUGAUACAGCGGAGGCAUCUCAGAGUGAAUCUGCUACCGCGGAGCCCAUCGUUUCAGAACCAUUCGUCAAUUUGGAGGAGGCUCAGGAUAAGUCUUCUGUUACUGAUUCAAUGCCUGAUCGCUCGCCGAAGCAGGGGCCUAGCGCGGAGCCACCUCCAGUCCAGCCAACACCAAAAUCGCAGGAGUUCGUCGAUAGAACUACUGGCGAAUCCGCUCAACAGGAUAUGGGUAGCCCUUUUGUGGUCGACGGCGAUCAGGCGUUCUCUGACGAGCAGCCAACUCCGGUCACAUUUACCGAAAGCUCUCCAGCGAUUGACCCUGCACCCACAACUAUGAUCCAGGGGGACGAGGAAAAUGCUCUAGUUAGUCGCAAGGCUUCCAAGAAGAGAAAUAAAGGAAAGAAGGCUUCAAUCGCUACAGAUGAAUCGGCCGCGAUCAUAGAAGAAACGACAAUACCUGCUGUACCUUCGACUGAAGAGCAAGAAAUAUCGAAGGAGACUACCUUAGUCUCUGCUCCGACAGAAAAAUUCAAGACGCUGGAUCCAGGCCAAUCUUCGGAGAUCGAGCAGGCUGAACCAUCUCUGAUUGUGCCCGUGCUGGAGACUCCCACUCAGUCAUCAGAGACCAACAUCGAAUCUUCGAAACCUACGAAAGCUGUUAGUGCGAAGACUGAGGCAGACUCAGGCUCGACGCCGUCCAAGAAGUCUAAAAAGGACAAAAAGAAGACCAGGAAAAGCACGCACGCCACUGAGGACAUCGCUUUGACGGAGCCUUCAGACAAUACUCGCUUGCCAGGAGAGCAGAGUACCACCGUUCUGCCAAGCUUUGAGAAGCCGACAAACGUCCAAGACACCAUCCUUCCAACGCCAGAGGAUAGAGAUGUACCGCUUCCAGACUCCAAGACUCAAGAUACCGACAUCGUUCAGCAAGAUGAAAAGGCUUCAGAGCUCACUCGGGAAGAUGAGCAGAAACCAAAGACUUUCGACGAGCCCGAAGCCGCGCUCUCACGUACUCCGUCAACAAAGAGCGAGAAGAAGGUCAAGAUGAGCCCUGACGGUAUUGAUAAUCCGAAAGGCGAAGAGCCUGUAUCCUCUGUGCCAAACAUGAAGACAGAACCCGUCGCGACACCUGAGAUUCAGCAUGUCCCAUCUGAUGGUGUACUUGACCUCCCUGAAGCUGCUGUAGACUGCCAGGGUCCCGGAUCAACGACACAAGAUGCGCCUCAACAAGAUGCGAAAGUUGAAGAUGCGGGAGAUGCACAGAACCCUCAUGUACCCAUACAGAAGGACUCCCGUGACACAGCUGUGUCCACGGUCGAGCCCGCCGCUGAGGGACAAGUAGGCACCCAGCCAAAAAAUCUCCCGCCAUCUGAGCUCUCACCAUCGCUCAAGGCUAUCCAGGACGAAGUAGCUGAUUUGAAAGCGCGCUCUGAAGCGCUGGACAACAGCUUGGCUAAGGAAGAAGUGCCCAAAGACAUUUCCCCGUCUUCCGCUUCAAAACCUAGCACCUCUGUAGUCGAUAUUGUCAACAAGCUCAACAAAAAGGAAAAGAAAAAGACUAAGAAGGUAAAGGAUAGCGGUCUUGAUUCGACUCCGACGACUCCUGCGGCUGAUUCUUUGGCUGCGGUCGAGACGAAGGAGACGAAAGAGACGGCUGGACCUUCUGCUGUAGGAGAGAAUGACCGUGCUCUUGAACCAGCCCCGACGACUCCUGCAGCCGAAUCUUCGGUUGUGGUUGAGACGAAGGAGGGGUUUGAGAGUCCUACCGUGGAAGAUGAACUUCGCGCUCCUGACACUUUCAUGCCCGAGCUUGUUAAGGCAGACGAGCAGGUGGUGGACGAGAAAAUCGCUGAGUCCAGACCUUCAGAGAACCUCGAGACUAGCCAGGAUGCUAUCAUCGCUCCAAUUACUAUAGAGACUUCAGAGCCAGACAAGGGAGAACACUCGGUUCCGUCUCGCAAAUCGAGCAAGAAGGAUAAGAAGAAGCAGGCAAAGGCGUCUGCGAUUAGCAAGAAUGAGCCACUCCCCGACAACAAUGAAGUACAGCCAACAACCACCACAGAGGCAGAGCUUGAGAAAGAAUUGAAAUCACCAGCAGCCGUCGAACAGAGCACUCCUUUCGAAGUUAGUCCAAGUACCUCUCACAAGCUCGAUAAGAGAGAAAAGAGUCCUCAAGCGUUACCAAGUCAACAGGACGAUGUACCAGUGGAAAAUGCAGCAAGCUCCGCCUCCACUACAGAAGCUGGUAAAAAGGAGGUGCAAGGAGAAGAAAAUGAUGACUUGUCCAAGCAAGAGCAAGUGAGAGACGAUGCAAAAGUUGCCAAGUCUUCAGAUCAAGAAAGAGUAGCUUCAGAGGUAGAUCAAACUGUCAUCGAUGAGGAAACCGAUGUUAGCCUCCCCGGUCAAAAUACUCCCCCAGCCGUGGUCUUAGAAGAGACUGUCAACCCCAGUCUCGAGGCGCCAAGCGUCGCCGUUGACAUCGAUGCGGCGAGCGAUGUGAAAACUACAGACGUCAUGGAAGAGGAGAACACGGUGACCCCUGCUCCCACUCGCAAGAAGAGCAAAAAGGAAAAGAAGGAGAGCGAGAAGAAGGAUACUAUUAUGGACGUUGCAGAGCCAGACAAGUCUGACAAUACAGCAAUGGGGCAGAGUGGACCCGUCAUUGAACCGGUUUCCGAGCCACAGCGUACAAUAGAAAAGGACAUACCGACUACAUUGGAUAUGCAACCUGAACACCCUGUCAACAUUACUCGCCCACCAACUUCUGAGAAACCGAGUCAGUCUACAGAACGCACAUCAAGAUCAGGCACUGAACCCGUACUUCUGGACGAAAAUCGCACGCAAGACCCCACGUCAUCGUUUAAGGAUAAGGGGAAGCGGAAGUUGGAUACGGUCACUGCUCCUUCUGGAGCAAUCAUUGCACACCCGCCAGUACCUACUCAGGCAGAUGUCAAGUCUGUGCCAAGAUCGGGGUCAAAAUCAGACGCGGUCUUUCUCGAGGACACAAACGUGACCAUUGAGCAGAAUAACAAAGAAAUACCAGUUGACACUGUUAAAAAGGCAGCAGAAGCUACAUCUCCUCCUACAGCACAUAACUUGCAAGAGGCGAUCGAAAUUCCAGAAGCAGCGGAGCCUGAAACGCGCAGUUCGAAGACGUCUAAGAAGGAGAAGCGACGAUCCAAGAAGGAUGCUGAGGCUACUGAAAAGCCUCUCGUAGCAGCGAUCGAGGCGAACGCUGGAACUCCAGCGGCUAAGCUCACCCCCACCGCCCAGGACAAAACACCGGUCGCAUCUCAUCCUGUCAAAGACCUUCCCCCGACCUCAUCACAACCUAGCUUCUCUCUAGAAGAACAACAAACACCAAGUUUGAGCAAGAAGCCUUCAAAAACGCAACAAUUAGCAGCCUUGUUUGAACGCGGAACUUCAGCGGAGGAGUCGACUUCUGCACGUGAACUACGCAGAGACGGUAUUGGCAGCGUCAAGGAUCUUGCUGAACGAUACGAAGGCCAAUCACGUUCUGUGACUCCUGUUUUGCAGCCGCAUUCUGACAAACGUAAUGUCUCGAGAGCUGCAUCGCAAGACAAAUUGCGCACGCACUCUCCUGCUCACGAUGUAGAUUUCGCUGCUACAGUGGCCGCCAGUCUGUCUGAGUCAGGUUUCGACCCAGGUUAUGUUAUCAAUGAUUCCACCUUCCAUCGAUCUACCUCUUCCCAUAGUGUCCGAGACAUUGGGCAUGAUGACGAAGUAGCAGCGGCAAAGGAGAGGGCGACGACAUCGCGACUCGGCAGUCUGAGUCGCUCUUCUUCCUUCUCCGGCUCACCACGAAUGCGGCCUGUCAAAGACCUUGGGCCUAGUGUUCUACCGCCUAUCGAGGUGGCCGCUGCAUCUACGGAUGCUAUUUCCUUCGACCCACUCGAUGUACUCAAUGAUCCAACUUUCUCCCGACGCAAAACCCCUCCUGGUGUGCUCGAGGAGGCGGAUCCUGACGAGCUGUACAUAUCUCCAAACGUCACCACAAGAGCAAGGGGCAAGAAGAAACGUGCGCUCCCCUCCGAUACAGCUGUCAAGAGUGGAGGAGACGACAAGUCCAGCCGGGGAGAAGGACUUGUGGUGCCGGGCGAAGCUCCCAGUGAAUCAACACUCGCCGACUUGUCCGACAAGCCCAGCAAUCAGGAAUCCAUCGACGCUUCGCCAAACACAUCAUCAAAGAAAGAUAGGAAGUCAAAGGAUAAGAAGGAUACGAAACAGACUCCACUUGCACAAGAUCGUGUUGAGUAUGCAGCUACUGAGACUCCGGCGAUCGAGACUCCUACACAGGAGACUCUUGCUGUUGAGACUCCGGCUGACUCCACGGUUCGCAAGGUAGAGACUAAGAAAUCCGGACCUCUGGCUUCUCUUCCAGAGAGUGUGCCGCUUCAACAAGAAAAGAGCGUCGGUAGAAAGAUUUCCGAGCAAGUGACCCCCGGCCAGCAGACAAGUGUGGAUCAUAAGCGCCGAGCACAUCCUGUGGCGUCCGAGGAGGAUGAGCCAGAAGGCAAGCGUCUUCACACUCUGGAGCCACGAACUGCAGAAGAGGGUUCGACUACUCGUGAGCCCACUACAGGUACUAAGCCGGAUUGGUCCUUGCCUGGAAUUCGUGACAGUGCUGUCGACGUCACAGACUCACCAAUUCGGACUGUCACUCCGUCCUUACACGAGAAUACACGCGACGAUGCGGUCAUUCAACGUCCACAGGUAGAGCAGGUUCAGGCUCCUAUAAGCGAAAAGAAACGAACUUCAAAAGAGCCUAAAACACCAACUCAUCAGUCUAUACGUCGCACCGAACGCGAUCAGGAAACCGAGGAAAGCCCGUCACUCCCACACCAUUCGGCUCAUACAGGCGUACCGGCGCCCUCUGGCACAGAUCGGGCAACGAAAGAACGGACAUCUUACUUGUUCGAUUCUUCACCAUCAACACGCGGUUUCGAGACCCCAGCAGCAAUCGUACCGGAAACGCCCAUGGUGAUCGAUACGCCUUCGAAGGACAGCCGCACAUCAUCACGAUCAACGGAGAAGACGUCCAAGCCUCACAACGAAAUGUCCCCUACUAAAGAAGUCAAGAAGACCGAACCAUAUCAGUCAAUCUUUGGUGACCCCAGCGAGAAGUCAUCAGUGAAGAGUCCCACACUCUCAAUGUCCAGUCCCAAACACAUGCGUACGCCUGGCAAUCUGCAGCUUGACACGAUCAAGGAAGCUAGUCCCGAUGACUCUCAAUUGCACAAGAAAUCACGAGCUAUUACAGAUGUCGGGGCACCAGAUCGAGGUGUAAAGUCCGCUCGCCAUGCUGAGAGCUCGAAGACAUUUACAGAUCGUCUCAAGUCACCACCACCGGUCAGUCCCACGCCAUCAAGUCGCAGAUCUUUACCUGCACCAGACACGACGGGAAGAAGAACGCCUUCUGGGUCGAAAGAUACGCCAUGGCAUCAAGUCAACGAAAGCGUAGACCGAAAUAUGACUUUGAGUCCUGCUCGUCGGAUGCCUCGGUCUUCUCCGAGUAUGGAUCCGAUCAAGCAGCAUAUGGCAGAACAGCGCUCGCCUAGUGUUCGCAGCGAGCGCUCCAUGAGCAAUAUUGCCAAAACCAGGACGACGGAUCAAGAACGUCCUUUGAGCUCCUUGAGCUCCCGUUCCACGCAGUCUUUGCGUCGUAUAGACCGGAGCGCGUCAGGUGACCUGAGAAAUGCGGCUAGGCUUGGCGAGGUCAAUGCGCCGGACGCUAGAAGCAUGACACCCAACAACCUCUCAGACGUCGCACUUGCGGCUGGAGCGACCGCUGCCAUCGCAGCAGAGUCAAAGUACGAUCCAGUUCGAGGAGAAGGCAAGGGUCGCCGUUCCAGUAUGCCGCCAGAAACCUAUGUAAGUCAUGAUAAUGCUGUUGCGACGGCCGGUGCGAAGGUUGCUAACGGCGUGCAGGAAGCAUGGGGUGAGGCCCAAGGGUCUUCAAUGUCGCCCACGCGCCCACCAAGCGUGCGCAAACGUCAAAGCAUGCAGAUCAUGGAUCUACAGUCACAACUCGACCAACUUGCAGCACAGAAUCAUUCACUCGAAGAAGCUACCAAGAAAGCUGAGGAGGCGCUGCAGGCUACGCAACACCAGCGCCAAAUCGACGAGCAAUUGAUUGCCGAAGAGGUGGAAGCACGUGACCGCGAAAUCCACAAGAGGGAUAUUGAGAUUGCGCAAUUGAAAGACACGAUUCAGCGGCUGCAUGAGGAGAUUCGACGCCUGACAGAACUCAACAAUACCCUCAAUGAGGCCAAUCGCAAUUUGACCAACGACACCAACGAAAGAUAUGCUCAACUACAGUCCGAAGGGCAACUCAUUCAACAGCAAUGGGAGGCAUCGCAAAGGGAGUUGGAAGCUCUUCGAAAACAACAAGAAAUCAUGACAAGAGGCAUGGCCGAUGCGGUUCGUGACGAAGUUGGCAUUGCGCUUGAUGAGCGCAACGCCGAGAUUGAUCGUUUGACCGCAGAGCUCACCAGCGCCAAAGAACAGGUCAAGGCGUUACAGAAGCAGAUUCUUGCAACCAAGAAGCCAGGCGAAAGCUUCCUCACUGUCCGCGAUGAGGACUACUUUGACAGCGCAUGUCAACAACUCUGUCAACAUGUCCAACAGUGGGUAUUGCGAUUCUCCAAAUUCUCGGACACCCGACCUUGCCGUCUCUCGUCGGAAAUCUCGGCAGACACAAGACUGGACUCAGCUACCCGACAGAAGAUCGACACUCGACUUGACAAUGCCAUUCUUGAUGGCUCGGAUGUCGAUGCCUUGUUGGCAGAUCGUGUAAAGCGUCGAGAUGUGUUCAUGUCUGUAGUCAUGACUAUGAUCUGGGAAUAUGUCUUUACAAGAUAUCUAUUUGGUAUGGACCGAGAACAGCGACAGAAGCUCAAGUCGCUAGAGAAGACCCUGUCGGAAGUUGGUCCACCACGUGCUGUAGCUCAAUGGCGAGCUAUUACACUCACAUUGCUCUCAAAGAGAGAGCCUUUUAUUCAACAGCGCGCUCAAGAUACUGAAGCUGUUGUGCAAGAAAUUUACAGCACACUUUCGACUCUCCUGCCGCCACCAUCAAACCUUGAGCGGCAGAUCCAGGAGUCUCUGCGCAAUGUCAUGCGUCUCGCUGUCGAACUAUCCAUCGAGAUGCGCACCCAACGCGCAGAAUACAUCAUGCUGCCGCCACUCCAGCCGGAGUACGACACCAACGGCGACCUCGUCGCCAAAGUAACGUUCAACGCGUCCCUCAUGAACGAGCGUUCCGGAGAUACGACCUCCAACGAAGAGCUUGAGAGCCGUGGGUCGAUAGUCAAGAUUGUCCUGUUCCCACUGGUCGUCAAGAAGGGUGAUGACUUUGGUGAGGGACAGGACGAGAUUGUGGUCUGUCCUGCGCAAGUGCUCGUUGCCAAACCCAGUAAGAAAGUGGUACGCGUCUCGAGUCAGGCCAUGUCGAUCAAUCGGCCAGAUUCAAGAUCGAGUCGCAUCAGCCGGAUGACGAGUAUUGUGCCUGACGGUUCGGUCAUGGAUCUCAGCAAGUAA